CCCUUUGUUCUUCAGUAAGCAAGCUAGCAAGGUAAAAUGCUCUUAAAUUGCUUUUGAUUGCUCUUAGAACUACUAGUAUAUAAGACUUCCCAUCAGCUUUCUUAAUGAGCAAAAUUGGAGGUAUUGUACUUAAGAGUCACAUUCCCUUAAUAAACCAUGUUGAGAAUUUUUGUAUGAGAGGUACCAACCCCAUCUUAGCUUCAAAUUUUAUAGGACAUUGUUUCAGCCUUACCGGUAUUGAUCCUGGCUAUAGGUCUCUUCUUAUUGGCUCAGCUCUCUUUGAUCUUCCAGGUACCUCCUCUACUUGUACCAAAGGCACCACUGCAGCUUCCACAUCAGAGGCUGUCAAGAGUGGUUGGUGUUGAUAAUAAUCACUGCUCGGUUCACUACAUACGGACAAGCCAUAGAGCAAGCCAGAAGAACAGCAGAACAUGAACAGUGCGAAGUUCAACUUCAGCUCAUCUUUCGGAUAUGCCAGUCCGAUCCCAAACUCCAACAAACCUUUCGAAUGUGCCAAUCAGAUCCCAAAGUUGGAUAGUAACAAACCACCUUCCUUACCAGUACCUGCAGUUUUUGGGAUGCCUCCACCACCGCCAACAGGCUGUAGCAAUAAGAUGGCUUUCAGUUUUCGACAAGUGACUGACAGAAAGCCUGAGCAUGAGCAGGAGGUGUCCAAGAAGCUGAAUGACAGUGAAGAGGACGAGGACAAGGCAGCAGAACACACCUUGAACAACCAAUAUGUCAAAAAGAUCCGACCUUGCAUUGACCUUGUCGACAACCUGAGAAUGCUUGGUAUAGGAAACGACCUGACGUUGCCUGCAAUCGCAGUGAUUGGAGACCAGAACUCUGGGAAAAGCUCUGUCCUUGAAGCUUUGUCUGGUGUUGCUCUUCCUAGGGACAGUGAUGUCAUUGCUCGCUGUCCUCUGGAACUCAAACUGAAAAAAAUAACCACUCCACCAGAAUGGAAGGGGGUACUUCAUUACAGCGACAUAGAAAUACAACUCCAGAAUGCCUCAGAGGUGAAGGAAGCAAUAAGAAAAGCCCAAGAUAUAGUGGCUGGCACUGAUGGUAACAUUAGUGAAGAACUAAUUUCCCUUGAAAUCUGGUCCCCGGACGUCCCAGACCUGACACUAAUUGAUCUUCCUGGAAUUGCCAGAGUGGCCAUGGGGAACCAGCCACAAGACAAUGGCCAACAGAUCAAAAUGCUACUUAAAAAAUAUAUUGGCUGCAAAGAGACGAUCAUUUUGGUAGUGGUACCAUGUAAUAUGGAUAUUGCAACAACAGAAGCGCUGAAAAUGGCUCAAGAGGUGGACCCCACAGGAAAAAGGACACUUGGGAUCCUCACCAAACCAGAUCUGGUGGAUAAAGGAACUGAAGAGGCUGUUCUUAAGAUAAUGCGAAAUGAAGUUAUCCCACUCAGAAAAGGUUAUAUGAUUGUGAAGUGUCACGGGCAACAGGACAUCAACGACAAUCUGUCCUUGGCCUCUGCAAUCCAGCAAGAGAGACAAUUCUUUGAGACUCACAAGCAUUUCAGCAUUCUUCUGGGUGAAAAUAAGGCUACUAUCCCUCAUCUGGCAAAUAAGCUUACAAAUGAUCUUGUGAGAUGUAUUAUUAAAACUUUGCCUGCAUUGGAGAACCAAAUACAUGAUGUGCUGCAACAAGCAAAGAAGGAACUACAAAAGUACACACAAAGCACACACAAAACUGACCGUGACAAGAUGCUUUUCCUUGCAGGAUUGAUCAAAGUGUUUAAUGAAGAUAUCUCUCAGGCAAUGCAUGGAAAGGAAUCCUGGUUUGGAAAUGAAAUCAGACUGUUUCCAAAAAUCCGCAGAGAGUUUCAUACAUGGGGAGUAAAGCUCCUGGAGAGCUCUGCCAAAGUUCAAGAAAUCAUACACAGUAAAGCGUCCAAAUAUGAAGACCUGUACCAUGGACGGGAGUUCCCAGGCUUUAUCAGCUACUGGACAUUCGAGGACAUUAUAAAAGAGCAAAUUUCAAAGCUGGAGGAGCCAGCUGUUGUAAUGCUGAACAGAGUGAUCUGUAUGGUUGAAGAGAAAUUUUUGCAGCUGGCUAACAAGCAUUUUGCUAAUUUUCAGAACCUAAACAAAGCUGCCAAGGCCAGAAUUGGUUGCAUUAGAGACAGACAAGCAACGACUGGGAAAAAUUUCAUCCUGACUCAAUUUAAAAUGGAGAGAAUUGUAUACUGCCAGGAUAACAUUUACACAGAUGAUUUAAAAGCUGCCAGGGCAGAAAGCAUCAACAAAAAUACAAAAAUCAAAGACCUUGAUCCUGGAAUUGCUUCAAGCAAAGGUCCCAGCUUUGUCCUGGAAAUGGUUUCUCACACAAAGGCCUAUUUCACUGGAGCAAGUAAACGCCUGAGCAAUCAGAUUCCUCUGAUCAUCCUCUCUACCGUCCUUCGUGACUUUGGAGAUUAUUUGCAGAUCUCAAUGUUGCAUCUCUUGCAAGAAAAAGAAGAAUUAAACCAUUUGCUCCAGGAAGAUCAGGAAGCUGCUAACCAGCGGAAGUUAGUAACCAGCCAGAUUAGUCGCCUCAACAAAGCCUACCAGUACAUAGUAGACUUUAAGUCUCUAUAGAUUUCUUCAUCUUUCAGAAGUAUUUUUCUGCUUUUGCUUUCUAGCAUUAAUGAGGAACUAAGCAAAAUCCCCCAAAGCCUAAUAUUAGCAGCAACCUUUAAUACCGGGUUCUAGAUUUUUCUAAUGAUUUAGUGGCCUAGUUCUGUCUUAUUUUCCAUAGUCUGAUAUGCCUACCCUUGUCUAAGCUCCACUGCAGUGGUUGUGAUAAAAUGUUAUUCCACUUUGCAACAUUCAUUAUAAACUUUGUAUUCCAUACAACACUAAAAUAAUUGUUUUAAAAGCUUGAGCUCUGAGGUGGGUGGUUUUGGUUUGUUUAAAGGAUGGGGAGCCUUCAGCUGUGGAACCCAAAAACUGUAAAAAUCCAAUCACGUAACUUUCCUAGAUCAAGUUUACUGCACAACCCCAGUGGUCCCUCUGCUUCUUUCUGUGAUUUUGCUAUGGUUGUUGCAUUGCCUUGUGUAAGAGGUGCUCGUGCAACAUGUUAUCACUGGUAAGUCCCAUUUCUGCAGAUAGAGAUGGUGCUCACAGCCUGCCUGAAACAGUUCCAGCCUAAAGGGAAAUAAGUACAGCUGAUAGGUAUACCUACAGGAUGAUGUUAGGAUACGUUUUUCUUCUUUCUCUGACUUAUAUGGUUAUGGUUAGAAAACCAAGAUGUUUUUCUAUUGGGUGCCUGGAACUCUGCCUGAGAUUUUGUGGUUGAUGGUAGAUUUACCAGACCACUGGAUUGGGUUGUCUGUAACAGAUUAAUCCACAAGACACUGAACACUGAAAAGAUGCUUCAGCAUAUGGCAUGCUACCUGAUAUCUCCUCCUUCUCAGGCUGAGGAGAACCCUUCCAAAAGUUGUAUUUCAUUUCAUGGAAGGCAAUGCAAAACUUAUCACCACAUAUUGUAAUUGUGACAUCUUUCAAAGGGAGAUUUUAACAGGCAAAACUAUACUUUGUGCAAUGAGUGAGGGCUGGAUGCAUUCUGCUAAAAAAAUAUGUGCCUAUUCCAGUUUGUCAUGCAGCAGUUCCCAAAGUUACAAGAGAAGCCUUCUUUUUGUGACAUGGCAGCAACAGGUGGAUGACUUCUGCAGCACAGAACUCAACUCAUUGGAGCAUGCAGCAUUUGUAACCCUGUUAAGCACUACCAACAGUUUUCCACAUCUGCUGCUGCUACUGACUUGCAGCACUGCAGCUCAAAAGCCCUAUAAAAAUCUGAUACUAUAACACUGAAACAUUUGAUUUCUAUUUUGAAUGUGCUUUAAACUUAUCAACUACUUCAUGGUAUCCCCUAAGGGGCGCAUGACAAUCAUGUGCUACUGAAAACACCCCUAGAGAAAACAGGCAGGUACACACUGCUUUGGGCAGUGUGAGAUAUAAUAACAAAUUAGGGUGCAAUUCUCUCAUCCCACUGCUUUUCAGUCUAAACUUCCUCAUUUAACUCCAUCUCAUAAACCCAAGUGAUUUUGGCAGCCCCCUCCCCUGAAGACAUCCAGCAUCUCUGAACAGCCAGCUGUUCUCCUGGGUUUACUCAGGAACCUGAAAAUCUGGAGUCAAAGAAAACUCUUGGAUAACCCUCUUGCUUUUUUUUGUCCUGCUUCUUUUCUUCUUGAAUCAGCUUCUCAGAGGAUUUCAGAUACUGAGUUCAGCAUCUGCUUCCAAGACAUCCCAAACAAACAAACAAACUACUACAAAGGAAAAUUAUUUGUAAAAAAAAAUAUAUCUUUUUUAUUUGGUGCAGUGUUUCCAUGCAAGGUAAUUGCAUUUCAGUACCAACAAGACUAGCAGUGUCAUUUAUUUCAAAAAAAUUAUCCUUCUUAAUAAAAGUGACUUGUUAUGGCUUUUUGAUCCUCUGUCCUAUGAUUAUAAAUUAUUUUCCAAAUCUUAGUCGAAGUGGCACUCUGAUAUUCAUUAUAUUUUGCUAAAAACAUCAUGCAGAUACCUAAAAGAGAGCUCUAAAGUACUAAAAGCCAAAUUUAAUAAAUGAGGUAGUUCAUCUGGUUAGGCAGAAACACAGGCUUGUGUCUCCUCAUCCAGAACA